AUGGCCUCCCCGGACCCCUCCGGGCCCGAGGACCGGCUCCCUCCCCCGGCCGGCUCCGGCAAGCCGCUGACGCCCUUCAGCAUCCGGGACAUCCUCAGCAAGCCGUCCGUGAGGAGGAGCGGGGACGCGCAGCCCGCGCCCGUCCCGGGACUCGAACACACGUCCCCGCUGUGCGCCCUGGAGGAGCUGGCCAGCAAAACCUUCCGAGGUCUGGAGGUCAGCGUGCUGCAGGCUGCAGAAGGUCGGAACUGCGCGUCCCUCUUCGGCCAGAAGAGCGCUCCUAAGAAGCGCCGGAAGUCGCGCACAGCCUUCACCAACCAUCAGAUCUUGGAGCUGGAGCAGCGCUUCCGGUACCAGAAGUACCUGAGCCCGGCGGACCGGGACCGGAUCGCCCAGCAGCUGGCUCUCACCAACGCGCAGGUCAUCACCUGGUUCCAGAACCGGCGCGCCAAGCUGAAGCGUGACCUGGAGGAGAUGCGCGCGGACGUGGAGUCGGCCCGGGCGCAGGCCGGGGGGGGCGGGGGGGACGGGAGGGCCGGGGGGCUGGCAGAGCUGGAGAGGAGUGCCGCCGGGGACCGGGACCGGGACCGGUCCCCCUCCAGGCCCCCGGUCAGCUCACACAGCCCGGUGCGGCCGCAGCCGAGCAGCGUGAGCUGCUCCGAGGAGGAAGAGGAGGAAGAGGAGGAGAUCCACGUGGAUGACUAG